UGUCGCUCGCGUUCUCUUUAGCGGUCGCUUUCUCUGUUCCAUUCCUCUUUCGCUCAUCGGCGCGCUAGCAAACGCUUCAUCUCCUCCCGCCGGCGGCCUCCGUGGUGUCCGUGCCGGUGGAUGGAGUGAGGAGCACGGUGGGGGAGCGGGAGGACGCGGGAUGGGGAGGGUGGGGUUGGGGGUGGCGGUGGGGUGCGCGGUGGUGACGUGCGCGAUCGCGGCGGCGCUGGUGAGACGGAGGGCGCGGAGCUGGUUGCGGUGGGGGCGGGAGGUGGCGGUGGUGGAGGGGUUCGAAGAGGGUUGCGCCACCCCGGUCGGGAGGCUGCGCCAAGUGGUGGACGCCAUGGCCGUCGAGAUGUACGCUGGGCUCGCCUCCGAUGGAGGGAGUAAGCUCAAGAUGCUGCUCACCUUCGUCGAGACGCUCCCCGAUGGGGAUGAAGAUGGAAUAUAUUAUGCUCUUGAUUUAGGAGCUACUACUUGCCAAGUCUUGAGAAUUCAACUUGGUGGUAGAGGGUCUAAGAUCAUAAACCACAAAGUUGAACAACAUCAGAUUCCCCAGGAAUUGGCAUCCAGUACAAGUGAGGAACUUUUUGAUUUUAUUUCUUUGACACUAAAAGAAUUUGUUGAACGAGAGGAAAAUGGUAUCGAUCAAGUAACAGAUGAGAGGAAGGAACUUGGUUUUACAUUUUCUUUUCCUAUCAGGCAAUUGUCUAUUUCUUCAGGUGUUCUUAUCAAAUGGACGAAAGGAUUUGCAAUUGAAGAUGUUGUUGGAAAAGAUGUUUCGCGGUGUUUAGAGGAAGCCAUGUCAAGAAAUGGAUUGAAUAUGCGGGUGGGAGCUUUGGUGAAUGAUACUGUAGGCACAUUAGCUCUUGGCCAUUAUUAUGAUAAAGACACUGUUGCUGCAGUGAUAAUUGGAACAGGCACCAAUGCAUGCUAUGUUGAGCGAUCUGAUGCACUUAUUAAGUCGCAAGGCCUUCUUACAAACUCUGGAGGCAUGGUUGUCAACAUGGAGUGGGGAAACUUCUGGUCAGCACAUCUUCCAAAGACCUCUUAUGAUAUUGCUCUGGAUGACGAAAGUCCAAACCGAAAUGAGCAAGGUUUUGAGAAAAUGAUUUCAGGGAUGUAUUUGGGUGAAAUUGUUAGAAGGGUACUUCAUAGGAUUGCGGAGGAGUCAGAUAUUUUUGGAGAAUCUGCAUAUCAUCUGUCAGUACCAUUUAUCUUGAGGACACCUUUGAUGGCUGCGAUGCACGAAGAUGAUUCUCCUAACUUAAGAGAAGUUGGAAGGAUACUUGAAGAACAAUUUCAGAUGCCUGGUAUCUCUCUGAAAGCAAGAAUGCUUGUUGUGAGAGUUUGCGACAUAGUUACCAGAAGGGCUGCUAGGUUAACUGCAGCCGGAAUAAUCGGUAUACUGAAAAAAAUAGGAAGAGAUGGGAUCAGUGGCGUGGCUAGUGGAAGAGCCAAAGGCAAACCAAAGAGAUCAGUUGUCGCAAUUGAGAGGGGCCUUUAUACGAAUUAUUCAAUAUUUAGGGAAUAUAUGAAUGAAGCCAUCACAGAUAUAUUAGGGGAGGAGAUUGCCCAAAAUGUGGUUCUCAGGGUGGCAGAAGAUGGAUCGGGAAUAGGCGCUGCUCUCCUUAUUGCAACAUAUUCAUCCAAACGAUGAAUCACCCAAUACAAAUAUAUUUUUUUUCUGUGCAAAUGUAAGAAAUUGUUUCAUAGUAAAAUUAGUAUAUAUAUUUGCAAAAAAGAAAAAAAUAUAUAUAUAAGGUGUUGUUGUGCAGAAACUCCCAGUAUCUUUAAAUCUGUUGUGGUGUGUAAAUAUCUUUGUUGCUUGCUGAACAACAGCUCUGCUGGUUUUCAUAGGAAGUCACAAUCCAUCCUACUGCUAAAAAAGAAGAAAAUAUGUG